UAAUAUCAUCACAUUCUUCAUCUGUACAAUCUUUGCGACAACAAGUCAACCAUCACAACAACCACAACCACAACAUCAACAACAAACCAGACGCAGGCACACACAUCCUUGGUGCUAAUCCUGGGCGAGCUCGUUUUCACUACGAUAGCCGUGUAAAGGCAGACAAGCGCCUUAGCGCGCUUCAACCCACACUACAGCAUGUCCCUCGUAGGCAAUUUUGCCUUUGGGAAUUACGACAGUACAGCAGAGAGAGCUGGAGUUGGUAACACUGGAGCAGCUUUCCAGCGACGGGCCAGCAACACAAAUCAAGAUGCUGAAGGACAACAACACGUCGAGGGACAGAGAGGCUUGUUUGGCAGACGACAAUCAUCGAUAACCCCAGCAAAUGCCCCGGUCGACAUUGGCCCAGAUGCCGCUCUCAGAGACAUAGAGAAAGACGAUGCAGACAAGCAAGGAUUCGAGCCUCGUGAGAUGUCUGCAUCAGAGCGAAAGCUGGGAUCGUCCGACUCGGACUCUCAAGAGUACUCAGACCAGACAGUCGCUCGACUGGCACGAACAAUCACCAACUAUAGCCAAGUGCCCUCCAACCCAUUCAAUGCGGAAAAGGACUCUGAACUGGACCCGCAUUCACCCAAUUUCAGAGCCCGGUCAUGGGUAAAGAGCAUGAUCAAGCUCAAUCGGGAAGAUGGCAACAACCCAGAGAGGCAAGGAGGCGUGGCGUUCCGUGGACUCAGCGCACAUGGUUGGGGCUCCGGCACCGACUAUCAGAAAGACGUGGGCAAUAUAUGGCUGGAGGGCAUAGGAGCGGUCAAGAAGUUGCUUGGUUUGGCCAAGCCCAACCGGAUUGAUAUUCUUCGGGACUUUGAAGGUCUGGUAGAGAGUGGAGAGAUGCUGGUUGUCCUUGGUCCGCCUGGUUCUGGAUGCUCGACAUUCUUAAAAACAAUGACCGGUGAAGUUCACGGCUUUGAGGUUGACGCGGACUCCUACCUCAACUACCAGGGUAUCCCAGCCCAGGAGAUGCACACGCACUUUCGUGGUGAAGCCAUUUACACUGCAGAGGUCGAUGUGCACUUCCCCAUGCUGAGCGUUGGUGACACGCUUUACUUCGCCGCUCGCGCUAGGGCACCGAAACUCACUCCUGGCGGUGUCAAGCCCCGUGAGUGGGCUACCCAUCUUCGUGAUGUUGUCAUGGCCUCGUUUGGUAUUGGACAUACGAUCAACACCCGUGUUGGCAACGACUUCGUCCGUGGUGUCUCUGGUGGUGAGCGGAAACGUGUCUCCAUUGCAGAGGCUGUUUUGAGUGGAGCGCCUGUUCAAGCAUGGGACAACAGCACCCGUGGUUUGGACUCGGCCAACGCCAUCGAGUUCUGUAAGACUCUGCGCCUGAGUGCAGAUCUUGCCGGUGCCGUUGCCAUGGUUGCCAUUUACCAGGCACCACAGGCUGCUUACGAAAACUUCGACAAAGCGGUUGUGCUCUACGAGGGACGACAAAUCUUCUUUGGUCGUACCGACGAGGCAAAGGCAUACUUUGAGAACAUUGGUUUCGACUGCCCAGACCGCCAGACUACUGCCGACUUCCUCACUUCCAUGACAUCUGCACAAGAACGAGUUGUUCGCCCGGGCUGGGAGAACAAGGUUCCCCGUACCCCUGACGAAUUCGCUGCCGUGUGGAGGAACAGUACUACACGGGCGCAGCUCAUGAAGGACAUUGACGCAUACGACAAGCGGUUCCCCUUCAAGGGAGAGGCGUAUCAGCAGUUUGUCGACAGUCGCCAGGCCCAACAAGCGAAACGUCAACGCAUUCAUUCACCUUUCACGCUAUCUUACGCCCAACAAAUCCAGCUGUGUCUCUGGCGUGGCUUUCGCCGCCUUGUUGGAGAUCCAGAACUCACUUACACUCAAAUCUUUGGCAACUUCGCAAUGGCUCUGAUUCUAGGAUCUGUCUUUUUCAACCUGAAACAGGAUACCAACUCAUUCUUCCAGCGUGGUGCUGUCUUGUUCUUCGCCGUUCUGAUGAACGCCUUCGGUUCCGCUCUCGAAAUUCUGACUCUCUACGCGCAACGACCAAUCGUCGAGAAACACAAUCGUUAUGCCUUCUAUCACCCAUCUGCAGAAGCAUUCGCGUCCAUGUUAACGGACAUGCCCUACAAGAUUGUCAACGCUAUUGUCUUCAACAUCACGCUUUACUUCAUGGUGAAUCUGAGAAGAGAGGCCGGCCCGUUCUUCUUCUUCCUGCUUGUCUCGUUCAUCACUACUCUGAUGAUGAGCAUGUUAUUCAGAACUAUUGCCUCCGUUUCCCGGACACUGUCACAAGCCAUGGCCCCAACCGCUGUUCUCAUCCUGGCCAUCGUGAUCUUCACGGGCUUUGUGCUUCCGACGGAUUACAUGCUGGGCUGGUGCAGAUGGAUCAACUAUAUCGAUCCCGUCGCAUACUGUUUCGAAGCUCUCAUGGUCAACGAGUUCGCCGGACAGCAGUAUUCAUGCAGUGCUUUUGUGCCUGACGCCUAUGGUAGCCUGGCAGAUCAGUCCCAAGUCUGCUCUUCAGUCGGCUCCGAGGCCGGCCUUGCCUUCGUGUCCGGUAGCCGGUUCCUGGCAUCAUCGUACAAAUAUUAUGCAUCACACCGCUGGCGGAACGUUGGCAUCGUGCUCGGCUAUCUGGUCUUCUUCAUGUGCUGCUAUUUGGCUGCCACCGAGUACAUCAGUGCCAAGAAGUCUAAGGGCGAAGUCCUUGUGUUCCCCAGAGGCCACAUUCCUGCUGCACUCAGAGAGAAGAAGGCCGACGAGGAGAACAUCAGCGCUGGGCGUGAUGCCAACGCUGUGGCACAGACGACCAGUCACACUGCGGCCACCGACGUGAUUCAGAAACAGACUGCCAUCUUCUCGUGGAAGGACGUCUGCUAUGACAUCAAGAUCAAGGGCGAGAAUCGACGCAUUUUGGACCAUGUGGAUGGCUGGGUCAAGCCUGGAACCCUUACUGCGCUUAUGGGUGUGUCGGGUGCCGGUAAGACGACACUUCUCGAUGUCCUGGCCACUCGUGUCACGAUGGGAGUCAUCAGCGGCGAUAUGCUCGUCGAUGGCCGCCAGCGCGACUCAUCCUUCCAACGCAAGACUGGCUACGUUCAGCAGCAGGAUCUGCACUUGUCAACCUCGACUGUUCGCGAGGCCCUGAAUUUCAGCGCUCUUCUCCGACAACCAAAAUCCACUCCACGACAAGAAAAGCUGGACUACGUCGAUGAAGUCAUUAACCUCCUUGAUAUGCAGGAGUAUGCCGAUGCCGUCGUCGGUGUGCCUGGUGAAGGUCUCAAUGUGGAGCAGCGUAAGCGUCUCACGAUUGGUGUCGAACUCGCUGCUAAGCCACAACUACUGCUCUUCUUGGACGAGCCCACUUCUGGUCUCGACUCACAGACAUCUUGGGCCAUUUGCGAUUUGAUGGAGAAACUCAAGAACUCUGGUCAAGCCAUUCUGUGCACCAUCCAUCAGCCAUCCGCCAUGCUGUUCCAGCGUUUCGAUCGCCUUCUCUUCCUCGCAAAGGGAGGUAGAACCGUCUACUUUGGCGAGGUUGGCGAGAACUCUUCCGUCCUAUCCCAGUAUUUUGAGCGCAACGGAGCACACGCUUGUCCCAAGGAUGCCAAUCCUGCAGAGUGGAUGUUGGAAGUGAUUGGUGCUGCACCAGGAAGUUCCACGGACAUUGACUGGCACCAGGUCUGGCGUGAUAGCCCGGAGUAUCAGGCAACUCACCAAGAACUGGAGAACAUCAAGACCACGCGAUCCGCCAUGCCUUCAGAGGCCGACUCGGGCCCUGACGGAAAGGACAGCUACCGCGAAUUCGCCGCACCCUUUGGCCUGCAGACAUGGGAAAUCACCAAGCGUGUCUUUGCUCAAUACUGGCGCACGCCCUCCUACAUCUACUCCAAGGUGGCGUUGUGUACCAUGUCGGCACUCUUCAUUGGCUUCAUCUUCUUCAAGGCGCCGCUCACUCAUCAAGGCCUACAGAACCAAAUGUUUUCCAUCUUCAUGACCUUUACCAUCUUUGGCCAACUCGUACAACAGAUCAUGCCACAUUUCGUGACGCAACGCGCGCUCUAUGAGGUCCGCGAGCGUCCAUCCAAGACAUACAGCUGGCAGUCCUUUAUGAUUUCCAACAUUGUGGUCGAACUCCCCUGGAACGGACUCAUGGCAGUGAUUAUGUUCUUCUGCUACUACUACCCCGUCGGUCUCUACAACAACACCGGCGACGCCCUCCACGAACGCGGCGCUCUAUUCUUCCUCAUCAUGCUCCAAUUCCUCCUCUUCACCUCCACCUUCACCAACAUGGUCAUCGCCGGCAUGGACUCUGCCGAAACGGGAGGAAACGUCGCAAACAUGGCCUUCUCCCUCUGUCUCAUUUUCUGCGGUGUCCUCGCCUCCCCAGAAUCCCUCCCGGGCUUCUGGAUCUUCAUGUACCGCGUCUCACCCUUCACCUACCUCGUCGGCGGCUUCUUAGGCGCCGGAAUCGCCAACACGGCAGUCACCUGCGCAGACAAUGAAUACCUCCGCUUCAACGUCGGCGCCGGCUUCAGCACAUGCACAGACUAUCUCGCCCAGUACCAAAAUUCCACCAACAACAUCGGAUAUCUCCGCGACCCCACUUCGACAUCCCAAUGCGAAUUUUGCACAUAUGAUAAUUCGAAUUCGUUCUUGGCGUCGGUGAAUAUUUCGUAUGAUGACCGAUGGAGAAAUUUUGGGAUUUUGUGGGCGUUUAUUGUUUUUAAUAUGUUUGCUGCUGUGUUCUUUUAUUGGUUGUUUCGCGUGCCGAAGAAGACGAGAAAGCAGAGGAUGGAGGAGAAGGAGGCUCGCGCUGAGGCUGAGGAGAAGGGGGGGAGGAGUGAGAAGGUUUGAUGAUGAGAGGAUGGAUUGGAGAUGGAGAUGGAGAUGAAGAUGAAGGACUACAGCAUUGCCUUUUUUUAUUUUUAUGGAUCGGGGGGAGGAAAGAGAGAAAAGAUUGUACAUUGAAGAAGCGGAUUUUUCGAUCUUGAUGAUGAAGAACAACAUAUAGACAGAGAGAGAGAGAUGAGAUGAGAUGAGAUGGGAAAGGGUUACCUCUAGAAUUUUUGUAAAUGGGGGUUUUAGAUUAUAGAUUUUUCUUUUUUGUUGUUGGUGGUGAUGGUGGUGCAAAGUACCUAGGGUCAGUCAAUAGGUACCUUAUAGAUGAAUG